GUAAGACUGAUGCCACAGAAGGACCACAAGCGAAAAAACAGACAUCUCGAAACAAAACGGUUGUGUUGUUGUGUCGGACACAGAAGCAGGAAGUAGUCUACUAGCAGCCCAUUGGAUACCACCUAGCUUAUAAACAGAGGGAAGAGACACCUCGGAUAUCUCACAAGGUUACAAUUGCCAGAUCCACUAGCUAGCUAGGUUGCACUAGCUAGUAGUGGUACUAUUACAAGUUCCAGAGAUAUUUGAUUGCCAGCUCUGGUUAUUAAUUUUCGAAGUGGUUUUAUUAUUUAUUCGUCUUGGGUAACAAACGACUGUCCACGAUGGAUUCGUCUCGCAACAAUAUUAAUCCCCGUGCCAUGCUGGAACCUCAAGUGAGUGUGGCCCGUGUGGCCGUCAGCGCGCAGCAGGACUAUGAAAUUUCCAAACAAAUGGGAGCCAUGCAAGCGUCCCAAGCCGUUCGAAGCAGCUUGUUGAACACACGAUCCUCCACUACAUCUGCUGGCGGUGGUCGUCCCAGUCUUCCAAAGCGCAAUAGCUCCGAAGUGGAAGAGCCAGCUGCCGUGGCAAGAGUGGGCCGUCAUGACGAUUAUCAAGCCGCCAAGAGAGAAUCGGUUGUGGAUUCUGUACCUUUGCCGCGACAGAGCAACGGCAGUGGUGGAAGAAAUAGUGCUUCUCGAAUGUCAACCAGCUCAGCGGCUGUGGCUGCCACAGAUGUGGCCAUCAUGGAUAUUUCCGAAAUUGAACCUUCCAUGGUGGCAAGAGUGGGCCGUCAUGAUGAUUAUCAGGCGUCCAAACGAGAAUCAAUAGUGGAUUCGAUACCUCUACCCCGUCACAGUAAUGUUAGUGGAGGAAGAAAUAGCACUGCUCGAAGUUCCAAUGGUUCCUUGGCAAUGGCGGCAGCAGAUGCUGCCAUGAGGGAUAUUUCCGAAAUUGAACCUACUGUGGUUGCUAGAGUGGAUCGUCACGACGAUUAUCAAGCGGCCAAACGAGAAUCGGUAGUGGAUUCUGUACCUCUGCCGCGACAGAGCAACAGCAGUGGCGGAAGAAAUAGUGCUUCUCGAAUGUCAACCAGCUCAGUGGCCGUGGCAGCAGCAGAUGCUGUCAUGAGGGAUAUUUCUGAAAUUGAACCUACCAUGGUUGCUAGAGUGGAUCGUCACGACGAUUAUCAAGCCGCCAAACGGGAAUCAGUCGCUUCCUUGGAUAUGCAAGUCAAGGCAAAUUUAUUAGCAGCAGGCCAACGAGGCAGUGGCUAUCGCAACAGCAAUCGCGACAGCAUCACGUCGUCUCUGCCCUCACUUACGACCAUGCGAAGGGCCAGUUCACAACAAUCAGAACCACAGUCCGUGGUCAAAUUGCAUCAGAGUACACUUUUGGAAGAACCACCAAUGGAUGCUUCUGCUACUACUGCGACAACCAGAUCCUCUGUCCAUCAAAAUUCGGCAGCACGACGGACGAGCAAUGCCGCCAUGGAUUCGUCGGCCCGAUCUUCCAUUCUUGUAAAUAGCAAUCGAACAAUAGCAGCUUCACAUGGUGGACCAAGACGUACGAGUAGUGGCGAUGGCAUGGAACCCACCGCCAUGGUGCGCGGGAAUGCCAUGGAUAUCGACGUGAGCAUACGGAGAGAACAAGACGCUCGCGCCACCAGUGGGGAUGACAUGGCGGCUCUGAUUCCCACAAUGAGAAAAGCCGCGGAAGAAGCCCAACGACGUGGAGAUGUGGAGGACAGUAAUAAACUGCCGGAAGGAAGUACAAGAGACGACAAUAACCGAGGGGCGCGGCGUACUCAUAGUGGGGAUUCUACUUUGGAACCCACGUCCGUUGUCAAAAUGCAAGAUGGGAGCGUUGUGGAGAACCGGGGAAAUACCCGCCGAACCUACAGUGGUGAUAGUUUGGAACCCACCUCUUCCGUGGGCAGAAUGCAGGAUGGAAGUGCCAUGGAUAGCAGAAGAAGCGCAAAGCGCACAAAUAGUGGAGAUGGCAUGGAGCCACCCUCCAUGGUGGCAAUGCAGGAUGGAAGUACUGUUGCUGCAAGCACACGACGCACACAUAGCGAUGAUGGUUUGGAAGCCAUGCCAAUGGUGGCUGUCGGUAUCGCGGACACGACAAUGGAUUCUUCGCGUGCUUCUACUGCUGCUACGUCCAUACAACAAAGAGGACGAAGAAAUACAUCUGCCACUCAAGUCGAAGCCGACGAUCAAAUCAAGGCCGGGCUCCGUAAUUCUCGCAUGAGUGCCACGGUCGUGGGUGCAUCGUCUGUUAGUGCAGCCAGCAGGCGAUCGACGGCACCUCCCAAGGCGGCGGAUGCCGACGCCCGUGUCAAGGCUGGUUUGCGAAAUUCUAGAAUGUCUGCAACACCAGGUGCCGUGGCAGUUGGGGCCGUCAGUGUUACAAACCAAAACAACAAUACGCAGGAAGUUAAAAAUACGGGAUCCAUCACUCCACCCACAUUGAGCCAAGCCGAGUCAGAUUCGCGGGUUAAAGCCGGACUACGCAACGCUAGAAUCUCUGGUGCCGCAUUUGGUUCAGUGUCUGUUGGAACUGCGAGUGACAUUUCCUCCGCCGGAUCUCUUUCGCCGCCGGCUUUGACCCAAGCAGAGUCUGAUGCACGCGUAAAGGCUGGACUGCGCAAUUCCAGAUUCUCCGCUUCCACGGCUGGUGCGUCGUCUGUUGGAACUGUCAGUGAUGUCGGUUCUACAGGGUCUAUAACGCCGCCAAAGUUGACUCAGGCCGAAUCUGAUUCCCGAGUCAAGGCAGGAUUGCGGAAUGCAAGACAUUCUCUUGCCACGCCUGGUGCUGUGCCGGUAGGAGCGAUCAAUGUUUCGAAUAGCAAUCAAGAAGAAGUGGGGUUUCUCACUCCACCAAACAUGACUCAAGCAGAAUCUGACUCUCGUGUUAAGGCUGGGUUGAGGCAAUCAAGACUGAGUGCUCCCGCCGGCAUGUUGGUUGGGGCUGCCAACAUAAUGAAUGACAAUAGCAGCAAAUCUGUCAAUCAGGUGGAAGCAGACGCUCAAAUCAAGGCAGGGUUGAGAAGAUCUAGGCCGUCAGUGAUUUCCGAGACCAGUCCCCUGUACGAGGACGGUGGAACACCGACAUCAACGAGAGCUAGCGGAACCGCUGCUACGCUGGAUCAGGAUGCUCGUCUCAAACGAGGACUACGAAACUCUGUUGGCCCAGGAACGUUGGUUGGAGCUUUGGCUGUGACACCCGAGAGUAAAGGACGUGGCUUGGGUGCCAGUAACCGAGCAUCUUUGACUCCAGGAGCUUCACCUGGACUUCGAUUGACUGAAGGCGAAAUGGCCAAGUUUGCAGGCUUGAGGACGUCUGGACGUACACCAGAUCGAGCCGCCGCGGCGAGUUACGACGACGACGCAGCCACCCCGGGAGCUUCACCUCGACUUCGAUUGACAGAAGACGAAAUGGCAAAGUUUGGUGGGCUGAGGGCAGCGAGAACGCCGGAUCGAUCCGCCGAGUGCAGCCUCGACGACGGUGGCUUCCAGAGCACGGGAGACACUCUUGCGGGGGCGUACGAUGGCACUGUCAACGAGGUGGUGGCAAUGGAAAAAGCAAGACUUUUCGGUCAAUCGUUCGAUGAUACCAUUGGUAAUCUUGCUCCUGAGAGCAACGAGGUCGCGGUCGCGCCGCGAUCGUUUUAUGAAGACGAACCACGUGAUGCUGUGUCACAGGAUGAUGCCCCCAAACAUCAAACAUCGUAUGUUCAAGUUGUUCAACCAGCUGGUUUGAAUGGAGGUGAUUUGCUCGAGGUUGAGGCAGGAAAAGGCAACGUAAAUCGCCUUUGGUGUAUCUUGUUUGUCGUGGUGGUGAUUGCUGUCAUUAUCGUGGCAGCUGUCUUGGGCGCGAAAGACUCCUCUGGAGAGACCAGCACCGAGGCCCCAACAGAGGCUCCAAAACAAACAGAUCCGUCCUUUUUCUCCUUGUCGGAAACGUUUCCUAACUCGACGUUACUGCCGGUGACGGUCAAGGCUAUCGAGUCGCAAUCGGGCCGCUCACCCCAAGUGCAAGCUUUCCGAUGGCUCACUGAGGAUCCAAACCUCUCAGAUUACGUUGAAGCCAAGAGGUUACAAAGGUUCGCUUUGGCUACGUUUUUCUAUUCCGUUAAUGGAGAAGAACCCGGUGGACCCUUGGCCAACUGGUUGGUCUACGAGACGCAUGAAUGCGAGUGGUUCUCAAAUGCUCCACAGGAAUUCGAAGUGUGCAGAGGAUUUGCCGCCGAGUUCGACGGCAGCUCGCCUUUUGCUCAUUUUGACUACGUGUCAUUGGUGCUUUCGGGAGCCUCCGACAUCCAAUAUCAAGUAAAGGGUAUGUUGGUUCCGGAGCUGGCUCUACUGACAUCACUUCAAAGACUGGAUCUGGGGUUACAGAAGCUCCGAGGUUCCAUACCCAGUGAGCUUGGCUUGCUCUCGUCAACACUCCAGGAUGUGAUUCUGUAUGACAACGCGCUGACGGGAACGGUUCCCUCUGUUCUUUUUGAGUAUGUCCAUAAAUUGUGGAUCAGCCACAACGGGUUUUCACGAUCCACUAUCCCAACAUCAGUGGGACUAAACACCAAUCUGAGGUCUGCGUUCCUCAUUAGUUGCAGUUUGACGGGGGGCAUCCCAGCGGAAAUCUUUCAAUCAAAAGCAAGCCUGAGCAUGUUAUAUCUGCAACAAAAUCAGCUGGAAAGCAGCCUUCCGACAGAGAUCGGGAUGGCGACAUCGUUGUCAGAGUUUCGCUUGAUGGAAAACCGGGUCACAGGGCAGAUUCCAAGUGAGAUCGGCAUGCUGUCGCGUAUGACCAGGUUCGGGCUUGCCCUCAAUAGAUUGACUGGCCAAAUUCCUAGCGAACUUGGUAACAUGGAGCAGCUGAGGAUUUUGAAUAUCGGCGGGAAUCGGCUAAGGGGUACACUGGUCUCGGAACUUGCUAAGCUUCGUCAGUUGCGUGAGUUGAAGCUUUCUUGGCCAACUGUCGCAGCUGAUUUUCGCAACCGAAACUUAGAAGGGACGAUUCCAGUUGAGUACUUUGUAACCAGAGAGUCAGAGGUGAACGACACAGGCGGACUGCGUCGCCUACAAUCAAACGACACAGAGCCGCCGAUUUCCGAUGCAACCGGCAACGCAAGCCAAGUUAUCGAACCAACCUUUCCUCACCUUGGGAGUUUUUGGCUAUCUGAUACGAAGAUAACUGGAACGUUUCCUUCCGAACUUGCCUUUCUCCUGAAGUUGACGUCAAUUCGGAUGGCCGAGAAUCGACAAAUGACGCCAGUGUUUCUACCGACAGAGUUGGGUCUGUUGGCCGGUUUAGACGAGUUGGACUUGGCGGAGAUUAACCUUCAAUCCACCAUACCGAGUGAGCUAGGAAGACUAGCGCAGCUGACUACGUUGAAACUACAGAACAACGAGCUGACGGGAAAAAUUCCCGAGGAGCUCUCAGCACUUACGAAUUUGGAGUGGUUCCAAGUCGAUGGGAAUGUGGAUCUCACAGGCUCGGUGCCCCAGAAUCUUUGCGGGGUCGAAAUACGAGGAAUUGGUUGUGCCGGUGACACCGUUCGAGACGGCGGGGAAACAUUUCUCUGCGGUUGCGAGUGCCCUCCCUGUGCAUAGUUUUGAGGAGCGACCCCUUCGGGCUCGCUCGAUCCGCGAAACGAAGCGCCGUUGGUCGAGUUGCCAGAGAAGGUACUGCCAACCAGGACAUCAACCUCUUCGUUGCUCGAGCCGAAACUACGAGGCCCCGUGCUGUACGUUCUGCGUUUUCUGAGUUGAUUCCCCUGGCAUCAAGCACUUCUUUCCGGCCAGUAGCAACUGGGAGUAGACGAUGCCACGACGGCAUAUUGGCAUCGAUCUGGUACCAAUGAUCCCGAGACGGCAAAGAUCUGCCAGUGGUGUGAUUGAUUCGCUGCAGCUACUGGUUAGACCUGAGCUACUGGUUGGACCUGAAGUAAACAUCAUGUUUUUGAACUAACAGUUGAAUGAAAAAAUCUAUAUAAACAAAAAGCCAAUGCACAGAAAGUUCAUUCUGUGCAAGUGCAAAUUGGAACUCCCCCUCUCUAGCUAGAGGAUGGCUACUGUUCUAAGCAUAUUCCAGUCCCAGCAUCACAGCACACGCUGCAGCAUCGUUGAGGACACGAUACAAGUGGCUCUCCAGUAAUGGUUGAACCAUCACUUGCUGUAUCGGUGGUGGGUGCACAGUCUGCAACAACAUCAAAUCCCCGUGGAUUGUUUAAGUUUUCAAAGCAAAUGCCAUCUGGAAUACUCCCUCUGAGUUCAGGAUUUCCAUUGGUUGUAAAGUGUUUCAGUUUGGUCAAGGCUCCAAGCUCCUCUGGUAUGCUUCCCUCAAAGUUGUUGUUUGCCAGCUUCAAAGCCCAGAGGCGCUCGAGCAAUCCCAUGUUGGAGCUCAGCGUUCCGGACAAGCUGCAACUUUCUAGAUCGAGACUAAUCAACUUUGGGCAACCUAGGAAAAUCUCUUCUGGUAUACCACCCUCAACACCUGUGCCACUCAGCGAUAGUUCCGACAGAGAAGAAACAAGACCAAGCUCUGAUGGGAUUGUUCCUGUCAAGCCAUGAUUGCCGAGAAGCCAGACCAUAGAAGUCAGUUUGAGAGCAUCUUCAUCUUCCCCUUCUGCGGCUUGCACACCAGGUAAUAGACCAAUUUCCGUGGGAAUAGUGCCGGUAAUCUAUAAAAGUGUGAAACCGAUAACAUUAUUGAGGCCUGUCUGUG